AUCGACUGCAGGAUGGAAUCGAUGUUGUGGAGGUGGAAAGGGGAGGGAGACAGAGUUGGGCAAUAAAUAUCUCGCAAGCUGUGCAAAAUAUGUAAAAAAAAAACCGUCUUUACCUUCCUCUGAGCAACAGCUCGAGUCACGCCUGUGGUCGUGGUCGCGCCCGCACCUGGUCAUGUCGAAGAGUUUACGAUCAGAUGGAGAAAGAAACCUUUAACGUGGCUUGGAAACGAACACCAGUCGGAGAUUUCUAGAGCUGGAGUGACAGAAGCCAGGUUUCUUACAGAGCAAACUUCUCGCUCUGUUGUGUGGUGCGUUUGUGUGUGUGGUGCGUGUGCGUGUGUGUUUGUGUGUGUGAGGGCGUGAGGGCGUCCAGGUCUUGCGAUGACCGCGUCAGGAGUGGGCGACGGCAAGAGGUCAGAGGCCGAACUGACCGCGACUUCAGCUGCAGCAAGUCAAGAUGCUGCAGCGGAGCGACCCAUGCUGCAUCGCCUUUUGGCGGUCCUUUUCUACGGCUUCUCCUCCAUCAUCAUCAUGAUCACCAACAAGCUUGUUCUGACGUCACAAGGAUUUCCAUCAUAUUUGACUUUAGGACUUGGACAGAUGGUCGUGGGUUUCGUGCUCCUGCUCCUGGCCAAGAUCUGCAACUUCGUCCGCUUUCCCAAUCCGUCAACCAAAGUCUUGCUGCAGAUAUGGCCACUUCCUUUGUUCUACUUUGGCUCCAUGGUGUUCGGUCUGGGUGGUACCAAAAGUCUGAGUUUACCCAUGUUGAUUGUGCUACGAAGAUUCACCAACCUCUUCAUAAUGAUCGCCGAGUAUUUCAUUCUUGGGGUUGUGGCAACACCCUUUGUACAGUUCUCUGUCUUCCUCAUGAUCGCUGGCGCAGUCGUCGCUGCGAGUAAUGACAUGUCGUUCGAUUUUGCUGGCUAUGCUUUUGUGCUGUGUGCCAACGUCUGCACGUGCAUGAACGGAGUCUUCACGAAGAAGAAGUUGGACGCGAAGGAGCUGGGUCAGACUGGUCUGAUGUUCUACAACAGCCUCAUCAUGAUGGGACCAGCCUUUGCGCUGACCUACUGCACCGGAGAACUCGACAAGGCGAUGGCGUUCGGGAAGUGGGGUGAGCCCGUAUUUCUGGGUGAGUUCCUGCUGUCCUGUGUCAUGGGGUUCGUCCUGAAUUACGCCAUCAUCGUGUCCACGCACUUGAACUCGGCCCUCACCACUAGCAUCGUCGGGGUCAUCAAGAAUCUGUUCGUUACCUAUGUGGGGAUGUACAUUGGUGGUGACUAUGUUUUCUCUUUAGUCAACUUCAUCGGCAUCAACGUCAGUGUCACGGGGAGCCUGAUAUACACAUACGUCACCUUCCGCCAGAAGCCCAAAGCGCCGGCGCCCGUCUCCUGACCAUCAGGCGCCAGUAGCAUGGCCACUCCUCACCCUCGCCCACCUCUUACCCUCCCAGAACGCGCCUGAACAUGGGGAAAGUCAUCUGAUGUGGACGUGUCUUAAGCAUAGUCACGUGACAUGAAAAAAUAAUCAUUUAUGAUGCUUGUGCCUAAUCAUUGUUUGAGUGUGAUAAAUCACAAUAUGCAAUUAAAGCCAGCAUAUGAUUUUA